AUUUUGCAGGUCUUCCUGGCACCAGAUGCUGCCACAUGCAGUGCCAGUACUGCAGGUCAUUCUGGUACCAGAAGCUACCCCUUGUAGUGCCAGUACUGCAAGUCAUCCUGGUACCAGAGGCUACUCCUUGUAAUGCCAAUAUUGCAGGUCAUCCUGGUACCUUGUAGUGCCAGUACUGCAGGUCAUCCUGGUACAGAGGCUACCCCUUGUAGUGCCAGUACUGCAGGCCAUCCUGGUACCAGGGGCUGCCACUUGUAGUGCCAAUACUGCAGGUCAUCCUGGUACCAGAGGCUGCCCCUUGUAGUGCCAACAUCAACUGUAUAAAACAUCUGUAACCUCUGUAAUUACUUUAAUGUAUAUAUAGUGACAAUGCUAACUACUGUGUUGGCAAUACAGUGACAACACUAACUACAGUGUUAAUACAGUGACAACAUUAACUAUGUUGUUAAUAAAAGGGACAAUGUUACUUGAAGUGUUAAUAAUACUGUGACAAUACUAACUACUGUUACAGUAAUAGUGACACUGCUAACCACGGUGUUACUACAGUGACAGCACUAUCUGCAGUGUUAAUAUAGUGACAACACUGUAGUGUUAAUACAGAGAACACUAUACUGUAGUGCUACUUAACUGAGAAUUCUAACACUGUUAAUAAUUGACUGACAGCACUAACUACAGUAUUAAUAAUAAUCACAAUGUUGUAACAACAGUGUUGGUAAUACAACAUUUAUAGUGCCAACAGCAGUGUCAUAAGGUUAAUGUGGCCCAGUUGUGGAAAUAUACCGUAUUUCGUGGCUUAUAAGACACGGUUCAUAAGACUUGUUUUAGUUUCAAUGGCUCAGCAUCGGACAUAACUGGAAAAGCUACAGCACACCCCAAACUUAUAGUUCCUGUCACUGACCUUCAGUUUAUAGAAUGCAGGGUGGUUAUUGGAGACAUUUUAUCGAAAAAAAUGCAUCUAAUAAGCCGCGAAAUAUGGUAUGCUUGUGUCACUCUUCCUAUUCUUCAGACACUAUAUUACCCAUACAGGUUUAUUGUUUGUUAUAUUUAUAACAGAGUAUUACAGAGAUAUUAAUUUUCAUUGUAAUAAAAUAUUCUCAAAAUUUCCUCUAGUUAAGUAAUUUAUUUAAUAUAUAAGAAUAUUAUUGUUCACUAUGUCAAAAAUACUUGAAACACAGUGUGUUGAAGCAACACAGUGCACAGUUGUUCAUGUUGGAGACCAAUUAUAUAAACAUUCACACUCAUUAAAGCAGUCUUCUUCAGAACAGUCUCAGUGUGUUUCUCUAACCUGGAGUAUUAUUGGCCAAAAAAAACUGUGUUUAGUGUGUCUAAAAGAGUUUUCUGAAAAAUGUAAUUUAGUACAGCACAUGAGAACUCAUACUGGAGAGAAACCUUAUCAGUGCUCAGAAUGUCUAAAAAAAUUUUCUCAAAAAUCACAUUUAGUGAUUCAUUUUAGAACUCAUACUGGAGAAAAGCCAUAUCAGUGCUCAGAAUGUCUGAAAGAUUUUUCUCAAAAGUCUUUUUUAGUAAGACACAUGAAAAUUCAUACUGGAGAGAAACAGUAUCAGUGUUCAGUGUGUCUGAAAGACUUUUCUCAAAAAUCAUGUUUAGUAACACACAUGAGAACUCAUACUGGAGAGAAACCAUAUCAGUGUUCAGAAUGUCUGAAAAACUUUUCUCAAAAAUCACAUUUAGUAAAUCACUUUAGAACUCAUACUGGAGAGAAACCAUAUCAGUGCUCAGAAUGUCUAAAAGACUUUACUCAAAAGUCUGAUUUAGUAAUUCACAUGAGGACUCAUACUGGAGAAAAACCAUAUCAGUGUGCAGAAUGUUUGAAAGACUUUUCUCAAAAAUCACAUUUAAUAAGUCACUUGAGAACUCAUACUGGUGAGAAACCAUAUAUGGAUGAUGUUUCUCAAAACUCUGAAUUAGUAAGUAACAUGAGAACUUACACUGGAGGAAAACCAUAUCAGUGUUCAGAAUGUCUGAAAGACUUUUCUCAAAAAUCACAUUUAGUAAGUCACAUGAGAAUUCAUACUGGAGAGAAACCAUACCAGUGUUCAGAAUGUCUGAAAGAUUUUUCUCGAAAGUCUGAUUUAGUUAGUCACAUGAGAAUUCAUUCUGGAGAGAAACCAUAUCAGUGUGCAGAAUGUUUAAAAGACUUUUCUCAAAAAUCACAUUUAGUAAGUCACCUGAGAACUCAUACUGGAGACAGACCAUAUAAGUGUUCAGAAUGCUUAAAAGACUUUUCCCAAAAGUCUGAUUUAGUAAACCACAUGAGAAUUCAUACUGGAGAGAAGCCGUACCAGUGUUCAGUGUGCUCGAAAAAAUUUUCACAAAAAUCUAGUUUAGUAAGACACAUUAGAAUUCAUACAAGUUAGAAAUCAUAUCAGUGUCCAUUGUCUAAAAGUCUUCUUAUUUAAAUUUAAUUGACUCAUUCACAUCAUAAAUUUUAUCAAUGUGUUGUAUGAUCAUUAGACAUUAUAUGUGAUCUAGUAAGAUGCAGGAAAACUAUCUGAGGAAGAACUGUGUCGGUCUUCCAGAUGUUUAAAUGAUCAUGCCACACAAAUUUAAAUUUCAAGUACAUAUGAGUUUUAAUUCAGUAAAGUGCAACUGUAUAUCUGAGGGUGUAGUGCUCCAUCAAUAAAAUUAACAACUAUGUCAUGAGGGUCUUCAGUGUUUUUCUCUGGUUGAAGUCAUAAUAAUCUUUUAAGUUUUCUAUGAUAUACCUUGGAAGGUCCUGGAGGGAUUGGUACCAAACCUGCACACGAAAAUCACUCCCUAUGAAAGCAAAAGACUCGGCAGGAGAUGCAACAUUCCCCCGAUGAAAAGCAGGGGCGCCACGAGUACACUGAGAGACAACACAAUAAGUGUCUGGGGCCCAAGACUGUUCAGUUGCCUGCCAGCAUACAUAAGGGGGGAUUACCAAUAGGCCCAUGGCUGUCUUCAAGAAGGCACUGGACAGGCACCUAAAGUCAGUACCUGACCAACCAGGCUGUGGUUCUUACAUCAGCUUGCAUGUGGCCAGCAGAAACAGCCUGGUUGAUCAGACCCUGAUCCACCAUGAGGCCUGGUCUCAGACCAAGCUGCAGGGGCACUGACCCCCAAAACCCUCUCCAGGUAAGCUCCUUGAUCCUGGCCUGGGGUCAGGCUUGUCUGGAAGUGUAUUGUAUGAAAUAAAAAUUUUUUGGGGGGCAUGCAACACAGAAACAAAAGUUCGUCACACCUUGAGUUGCUUCUCCUCUUCAAGGGGGGCUCCUUGGCGUGGUGAAGAGGCUCUUGGCCUGAGGAAUUAGACCUGUCAGUCUCCUUCCUCAGACCGAACCUAAUUACCCCCCAUUCCCCCCUUCCCUAUCCCGUCCUCCCCAUCCUCCCCUUUUCCCUUUCCUCCUCCUCCUCCCCACCCCUCCCUUUUGCCCUUCCUCUUUUUGGUCUUUGGGAUUUUUCCCACAGGCGCGCUAGUUCCUAGGUAGGGGAAAGGGUACCGGGGUCCAUCCCAUUCCAUUGAGGUUCUUGGCGAUGGCGUAGUUUGCAGUGGAAUCUGGAUUGCCUGGGGAUGUCCCAAUCCCUCUCCGGUAUCCCGGAGAGUGGCUUUGGGUGCCUUUCAGAUGACGGGUGUAUCUCUGGAAGCCACCUUUCAGAUUCUACGGGCGGUGGCCGAAGGAGGUAUGCUUUGUGGCGGAUAUCCAGCCGCCCUCUCUUUUGUCCACCAAGGUAGCUCGGCAGAUGUGAGGUUGCUAUCAGGGAUUGCUGGUUUACUGGCAUGAAGGGUAGGGUAUGACACGGGUUCCAUGCUGCAUCUGCGCUACUAGUGGUGCUGAGGUCCUCUUGGGCGUGGAGGGAGAUUUCCGGCCCUUUCAUUCCUCCUGGGAACUAUUCCUCCCCACUCCCCCCUUUUUUUUAUUCUUUUUUUUUUUUUUUCUUUUCUCCUUUCUUUUUUUUUCUUAAAAACAAAAAGCAAAGGAGUACCUAACCAUAGAGAACCCAAUCCAUGAACCCACUACCCCCGGGCCCCUUCCUGAUACCGCACCCCACUCUGACCCUACCUUGUUUUUUGACCACUCUUCGGACACUCCUGAUGCCCCUGUACCUCUUGCUGGUGCUCCUUCCUCACACGCUUCAGGUACCAGGGCUUCGACUGACUCCUUCAAUUUGUCUGGCCUUCGCUCUCCUUUGACUAUGCUUCCGGCCUCUCCCUCUAUGGUACGGCAAUUUUCGAAUCGCCAGCCCGUUUCACGACAGACCAACUCCGGUCCUACUCCUAAAUGCCAACGACAAUCUCCUGAUGAUGUUCCUUCGUUACCUUCCCAUUCUACUCAGAAAAGACCGACACGUCAUACACUCCCUCUCCACGCUCAGUUUCGGACCACACAAUGGACUAAAUUCUUUACUUUAAGACUGACUUCUUCUGCCUGUCUUUCUGACCAUAGUAUUGGCAAAGCGCUCCUACGCCAUGUUGGUAGAGAUAUUUCAUUUCAUGCUCUCAAGAGCGGUAUGCGCAUCGUCACUGUCCACAAUGCUACCCAAGCUCAUGAUCUUUCUCUCCAUUCGCAUAUCGAUACUACUCCUAUCACUAUUGAAAAAUAUUUUUCUCUCAAUUCUUGUAGUGGUACUGUCAUUCUGCCCCAUACCAUAGUCCAACAGAAUUUCCAGUCAUGUAGCAAUGACAUUCUUGAACAGCUGGAACUCCAGGAUCUCCCAAUCCUCAAAGUAGACACUUAUGUCCUUCCUGCCCGCGGGCGGAGACGAUACCCUUGCAAUGUGGCUCGAUUAACUUUUGACAGCCGUGAGCUCCCGUCCUCUGUUUAUGUCGCGGGACAUCUCUUACAAGUUCGAAAGGUGACCCUUCACCGCAACAGUGUAGAAAUUGCUGGCGUUUUGGUCACCCAGUAAAAUAUUGCAGAUCUAUAGCUGAAUGCCCAGUCUGUGGUGCCGACGACCAUUCUAAUAUGUCUUGCAGUCAUCCUCCAUCUUGCCUUAAUUGUAAUGAGGCUCACCCUUUGUAUUCUUGCCGUUGCCAGGUCUACUUAAAUGAGCGUGAAAUCUGUUCCCUCAAAGAGGCAGAAGGUCUCCCUUACGCUAUGGCAGUUUCUCAUCUCCGCCUCCAAGGGAGACUAUCCCGUGUUUCUUAUUCUUGUGUUUCAAAAUGUCCCCCCACAUCUGGGGUCCCAUCUUCUGUUGUUACCCUUCCCAUAGCCACUCCGGUAUCUAAUCCUUUUGCUGUCCUGGGCUCUGAUGUCCCAACUACAACUCAGUCUGCUCUCACAUCUUCGUGUCCUUCCUCACAAGCCCCGGUAUCGACAAGACCUCGUUCGACACCUUAUACCAAUCGCCCCUCUACUUCUCAGAAGUCCAAAAAAACCCUAAUGCUCAAAUCUUCUUUGCCCCCUCCUUCUCCUCUUCCACCUCUGCAUUUUACCUUUCCAGUCUCUGUGCCUAGUUCUUCCCCUCUCUCUAGCUCUAUUACAAGUGUGGAGGUUCACCCUCCUCCUCGUACUAUGCCUUCCACCCCCGUCCCCUCCCAAGUUUCUCCCUCUUUUGCCACCUCCCAGGUUUCUGCCUUUUCUGUCCCCUCCCAUACUUCUUCUCCAGUCCCCUACACUCUUUCGUCCCCCUCUACUUUGGUACAGCCCAUUACUGACCCAAUCUUUACUCACCCUCCUCCUCCUACCUCCAAUAUUGUCUCCCAUACAUCUUUGAAUUCAGAAACACUUGAAGCCAUUUCAGAAUAUAUUGCAGAGACUAAACCUUCAAUGGACACUGAUCCACCUCCUGUUCCUUCUCUUCCCUCUCCUCCAUCUCCACAACUCCAUUCUUCUCAACGCUCUGUUCCUUCGCUGCUUGAACGUCUUCCGAUGCCACCGCACAUUGACUUUUCUAACCCCUCUAGUCCGUAGGUGCCCUUCCCUAUAGAUUCCUGGUAUUUUCUUCAUUGCCAAUCAUGGCCUAUUUAGAGUGGAAUAUCCGCGGCCUCAGAGGUAAUCGGGAUGAGCUUCAGAUGUUGCUUUCCAGGUUUUUCCCUGUUGGUGCUUGCUUACAAGAACCAAAAUUACACUCGGCUGUUUUCCACCCUAUCUCAGGCUAUAAUUUAUUGUAUUCUUCGGACCCUUUCUCAGAUGGGACCUUUAAUGAAAGUGCCCUUCUUCUAUGCAAUGAUAUUCCGUACUGUCAGCUAUUUUUCCAUACCUCACUGCAUUACACUGCAGCCCGUAUCCACUUGAAUAAGUGGUUUACAAUAUGUUCUUUAUAUCUCUCUCCUUCUCGAGCAUUUUCUAUCCCAGAUUUUGCCUUGUUUCAUCCUUACCACCACCACUUCUGUUACUUGGUGAUUUUAACGCCCACCAUUUCCUCUGGGGGGGGUCUCAUUGUGACUCACAUGGCAUCCAGUUGGAGGCUUUUCUUGCCUCUCACCCCCUCCAUUUUUUAAAUACGGGUACUCCCACCCAUUUUGAUCCUCGUACUCAUACUCUCUCUUGCAUUGAUGUAUCAGUCUGCUCUUCCUCCACUGCACUAGAUUUCACCUGGUCUGUUCUACCGGACUUACAUGACAGUGAUCAUUUUCCAAUCAUUCUUCUCCUUCAUAUUCACCACCUUUCCGUAACCCUCGCUGGCAAUUUGAUCAGGCAAAUUGGGACCUUUACUCACAACUCACUGCUUUUAGUGGAGUUCCUUCUUCAUCCUCCAUUGAUGAGCUCCUACACCUCUUCUCAACGUCAGUUUAUCAGUUUAUACCGCAGCUUCUCAUUCUGUACCCCAAACCUCAGGCAGGUAUUCUCAGAAGUGCGUGCCUUGGUGGUCUGCUUGUGCUCGUGCAGUAUGUUUGAAACACACUGCAUGGGGCAGGUACCGGUACAAUCGAACCGAUGAUAGACUUCUUGAUUUUAAGCAGAAGCAUGCGAUCGCUCGCCGUGUCAUCCGUGACGCUAAACGCACUUGCUGGCGAGAUUAUGUUUCCACCAUCACCUCUGCUUCCUCUAUGAGUGCAGUCUGGAAAAAAGUGAGGAAAUUGAGUGGUAAAUACUCUCCUGACCCAGCUCCUGUUCUACGGGUCGCCGGUAUUGAUGUAGCAAACCCUCUUGACGUUGCCAUUGAAAUUGGCACUCAUCUGGUACGUAUUUCCCGGGGGCUCCAUCUAUGCCCCUCGUUUCUUUCCUCAAAGUCUGCCAUAGAAUUAGUGCCCUUGGACUUUUCUUCUCUCAGAGAAGAACAGUAUAAUGUGCCUUUUACACUUCAGGAACCGAAGGCAACGCUCUCAGUUUGUCGAUCAUCGGCAGCUGGGCCUGACAACAUUCAUAUUCGUAUGUUACAACAUUUACAUCAGUCAGCCCUUUAGUACUCUUACACCUCUUCAAUCUUAUUUGGGCACAAGGAGUUCUUCCCCAGCUGUGGAAAUCUGCCAUUGUUCUCCCUUUCCGCAAGCCGGGUACAACGGAACAUGAUGCCUCCCACUAUCGUCCCAUCGCUCUUACUAGUGCAGUUUGCAGUGAUGGAACGUCUGGUAAAUCGACGUUUAAUGUAUUUAGAGACACACAACAGUCUCUCCACGAGUCAAUAUGGCUUUCGUAAGGGCCAUUCUACCAUAGACCUCUUACUACGCUUGGAUACGUAUGUUGGUAAUGCCUUUGCGAAUAAUCACUCAGUUAUUGCCAUAUUUUUUGGCCUUGAGAAGGCAUAUGACACAACUUGGAGGUAUAAUAUUUUGGCCCAAGCCCACUCCUUAGGCCUCCGAGGCAAUCUACCAUCCUUCCUUAAGAACUUUUUAACUGACAGACAUUUCCGUGUUCGAGUCAAUGUGCUUUCCCCAGACUUGGUCCAAGCUGAAGGUGUCCCUCACGGAUGUGUUGUGAGGCCAACACUUGUUCUCCUUGCUAUAAAUGAUUUGGCCUCUGUUCUUCCACCCAAUAUUAGGCCAUCAAUGUUGAUGACUUCGCUAUUGCUUGUGCAGGCGCUGACCAUCAUCUCAUUUCAGUUUCUCUCCAGCAUGCGGUCAACUGUGUUUCCAAUUGGGCCACCACGCGUGGGUUUAAAUUUUCCAGUACCAAAACUCCCCAAAUUACUUUCACUAGACGCUCUGUCAUCUCUGAUCAUCCUUUGUACCUUUAUGGCUCCCGUAUCCCCGAACGUGAUACAGUCAGGUUUCUAGGCCUUCUCUUUGAGCGCAUCUCCGAUCAUCCUUUGUACCUUUAUGACUCCCGUAUCCCCGAACAUGAUACAGCCAGGUUUCUAGGCCUUCUCCUUGACCGUAGGUUAUCCUGGAAACCUCACAUUGCCUCUCUGAAGGCAACUUGUCACAGCCGGCUAAACCUUCUUAAAACCCUUGCUCAUCUUUCCUGGGGAGUUGAUCGGCGAACUCUGCUUUGCCUACAUUCAGCCAUCAUUUUAUCGAAACUCGAUUUUGGUGACCAGAUUUAUUUAGCUGCCUCUCCUGCUACUCUCUCUAGCCUUAACCCCAUCCAUCACCAAGGAUUACAUUUAUGCCUUGGAGCUUUUCGCUCUUCCCCUGUUGAAAGCCUCUAUGCAGAAGUGAAUGUUCCAUCCUUGUCUGAUCGCCAUUGCCUUUGCUACUAUGUACGCUCUCACGAUCUCCGCAAUCCUUCCAUUUAUAGAAUGGUCACCGUUAUUAGUAGACAUUCUUUAUUUGUUCGCCGCCCCUGUUUGCUCCGUCCCUUUUCUCUUCGCCUACAUUCGCUCUUGUCUUCCCUUCAGUUACCACCUUUAUAUAUUCAUGUAGCAUCUCACUUUUCCCUACCCCCCUGGGAAGUUCCAGCUGUUCGGGUCUGUUCUUUCUCACUCCCUUGCUCGAAAGCCCAACUGCCUACAGUGGCUUCCUGCUCUUUUUUUCUUGAUCACUUCCACUCUCAUUCUCAUGCCAUCGCUGUGUACACAGAUGGCUCUAAGUCUUCAGACGGCGUCGGAUUCGCAGCAGUGUUUCUGGGCAGCAUCGUGCGAGGGCAUUUACUAUCUUCGGCUAGCAUUUUUACUGCUGAAUUGUAUGCCAUUCUUGCAGCCCUUAUUCAUAUCGCAUCUAUGCGUGUGUCAUCAUUUGUGGCAGUCUCAGACUCCCUUAGUGCUCUACAGGCUAUACGAAAAUUUGAUACACCUCACCCCCUAGUUCUCUGUAUCCAACUUUGGCUACACCGUAUCUCUACCAAGGAUAAAGAUAUUGUUUUUUGUUGGGUCCCUGGUUAUGUCGACUUACAGGGUAAUUAACAGGCAGACACUGCUGCGCGGUCAGCAGUACAUGACCUACCAAUUUCAUAUAGAGGUGUUCCAUUUCUGGACUAUUUUGCUGUAAUAGCUACCCACCUUCACACCCGUUGGCAACAACGUUGGUCAACUCUGCUCGGUAACAAACUUCAUUCUAUUAAACCGAGCAUAGGUUACUGGCCGUCUCUUAAACCGAGCAUAGGUUACUGGCCGUCUUCUUGCCAUCAGUGCCGAGGUUGCGAGACUACUCUCUCCCGCCUUCGCAUUGGCCACACUCGUCUUACUUAUGGGUAUCUCAUGGAGAGGCACCCUGUUCCUCUCUGUGAGCAGUGUCAAGUUCCAGUCCCUCUCUAUCAACGAGCACGCAGAAUUUACCUCCAACAUCGUCUCCGCUCUACUCUCUGUUUACCUUCCCUUCUUGCUUAUAGACCCUCCUUUAAUCUUGACUCUCUCAUUGACUUCUUGACAAUGACUGAUUUACUCCACAAACUCUGAUGAUGAUACCUUUCACACUCCCCUCAGCCCUUUCUACCUUAAUCUCUUGCUGCCUUCUACCCUUUCACCAUCCACUGCCCCGCUGUUCUCCGUAACCUAUUACUCGUCCAUCUCCCUUUUGCCACCUGAUACCCUCCCUUCCUGCCAUGCAGUGCUGUAUAGCCCUUGUGGCUUAGCGCUUCUUUUUUAUUAUAAUAAUAAUUGAGUUGCUUCUGGAGGUUCCCACUCCCAUAGCUAAAUGUUAUUAAAAGCAGAAUGAAAUCAGAACAUCAGAUGAAUGUGUAUUAAUGUUUUGUUUCCAACCUUUGAUUCUACUACGGGUCUAUCUGAGGAGCUGAACCAUGUGAUUCCCUGCAUUGAUCAUGAAUACCUUCCAGUCCCUGUAGGCACUAUACGACUUUCUAUGGGUUUACUGCUUCCCCAUGAAUGUAAUAAUUUUUUUUAAAUUCCCUAAUAAAGAUCUUUAAACUA